AUGCCGCAAGAAAUGCUUGUCCGUUAUCGCAGCGGGAAAGAGACGUUCGAGGUGGCAACGCACCCGGGAGCCGUGACCAAGUAUCGCGAGGGCACGCUCAAGUCUCUCGAUGAAGUUCUGGUAAGUGAUGUGGUUUUCACGGACUAUCACAAGAGACUGCGUGCCUCUGAGCUUGAGCUAAAGUCAGUUUUUGGUGAAAACUAUAAUAAGGAAGAGGUUCUUGAUAAAAUCCUAAGAAAAGGCGACUUUCAGCUGUCUGCCGCAGAGCGGCGUCAGAAGCUCGAGCAGAAACGCAACGAGAUUAUCGAGUACGUUCACAAAAACUUUGUGGAUCCGAAGACCCAUCUGCCAAUCCCAAGAAUGAGGAUUGAGCAGGCACUAGAGACCGUGCGUCCGAGAAUAGAUAUGGAUCAAAGCGCUGACCGACAAGUAGCUCUGAUGAUGAGCAAGCUCAGCGCUUGUAUGCCAAUGAAGAAACAUCAAGUAGAAGGGACAUUACGUGUGCCGCACGGUGUACUAGGAGCCUCCAACGCAGUUAUUCGAUCGUACUGCACGGUUGCCCGGGAGCAUUACACGAGUGAAGGCGCUGUUCUCGAAAUCAUGAUAUCCCCGGGCGAUUACGAUGCAUUCAUCAAGGCCCUGAACAAUGCUUCUAAGGGCAAUUUUCAUUUGGAUAUUGCUGGCGCGGCAGCUAGCGCUGCGGCUAGCACUGAGGAGAAGCCUGGGAAGAAAACGAAACCGAAAGGCACCAAGGGUCGGCACGGAUGA